AUGUGUCCUGGUAAUAUCCAGGGCGGUGUGUGGUUAGACCCGCGGCACCAAGAAUGGAAUAUCCUGGUUCCUGGCCUCAAACAGAGGCUUGUAGUUCGACAACUAUAUUCUAGAGACCUAUGCAAAACUCGUAUUCUGUUCCAGCCGGAAAAUCAGUGGAGUGCGUGGUAUAGACUCGUCAGGAACCACACCCCAGAGCCAGCAAUUCGUUCAUUACCUCAUUCUCCGCGAAAACUGACGAGGUUUGAACUCCUUCCCACAGAAAUAUUAUUAAUGGUUAUCAAUGAUGCUUCGCUAUCUGAUGAAGAUCUCAUGAGCAUUGGUCUAACCUCACCGAUCUUCUGGUAUUGGAUCAUCCAUUAUAUCUGGAAGGAUACGAACAGAGAGAUCUGGUCUUUAGCGAAUCUUCCGAUCGCUUGUACGGGCAGUUACCUCGAAGAUCUGCCAAAAGGGUUCGUGGAGAACGACCUUCUCGUCAACUCCGUCCUGAACGAUAUAUGUCUCUGCUCUAGUGCACCUUUUGAACGAAAGGCCAAUUGGGCUGCUUUCACUACAUAUCAACCUAUGAAACCAACAAGUUACAUGAGGUGGACGAUGGCAUUCAACGGUAGUCUUUCAAGGGGCGCUGGUAUACCUGCCAAAAUGUUGAAAAAGCUGAGAAAUGAUUUGUCAUCCGCUUGCUCACCAUCUCGGGUUGAGAAGGGCGCCAAGAAGACUUGGGUUCUUCGAAACCUUACUGAGAAGGAAUACCUACGCUGCAAACCCCCUCGGAAUAGCCUUAAAAAUAGCUCUGCGUAUGUGGACGAGGAAGCCCUACGUAUCAGCAUCGACGACAUUCUGUUACUCAAGAUAAUCUGGACACGUUUUCCUCCAUUCGGAUAUCGUAAAGGCUUAAUUUUACAUCAUCCUUGGGCUGCUCAUGCCUUUGAUAUUAUUGAUUUGGAUCCGCGUGAAAAAGAUGAACUUGAUCGGGAUCAGUCUUGGAAGGAUAUUACGAACGAUAUAAUUAAGGAAAUGGGAAAUGCUGCAAAUUUGACUCUUCGUGAUGGCGCUACGAGCCUUAUCAGAUAG